AUGGAUAAAUGGGGACCAAAUGGGACUCAGCCAUCAGAGGUGGAGUUCAAAGAGGAAAUGGGGAAAAUCAGAAAAGAAAUUGUCAAUUUCCAUGGUGAAAUGGUUCUAUUAGUGAAUUACAGCAAUAUCAAUUACACAGGUUUGGCUAAAAUACUAAAGAAGUACGACAAAAGAACCGGCGGCCUGCUACGGCUGCCGAUGAUUCAAAAAGUUCUCGACCAGCCAUUUUUCACGACUGGCUUGAUCUCGCAACUCGUCAAGGAGUGCGAAACCACCAUGGAAUCAGUGUUUCCACCGCCGGAGACCGCCGGAAAUGGUGGAGUCGUGGUGGCACCGGCGGUCCCGAGGGAAGGAAUCUUCCGGAACACGGUGGCGGCCUUGCUCACGAUGGAGGAGAUAAGAAGGAGCAGCUCCACCUACAGCCAUUUUUCAUUACCUCCCCUGGAUUUGUCUGAUUUUGAUGUGAUCAAGGGUCUCUCCUCUUCAGUCGGUGUAGCUGUUUGUUUAAGUUCCGCCGCCGGAAUCCGGCGUAUACUGAACUCUUCGGCGAUCCGCGUGAUAAUGAGCAACGGCGACCUCCUCCACAUCGAGCCGCUCGAGCUUCAAUUCCCAUUCGAAUUGAAGAAGCAGAUCUCAUGUAACAUGCAAUUGAGCAACAAAUCUGAUAAUUAUGUUGCGUUUAAGGUGAAAACUACAAAUCCAAAGAAGUACUGCGUGAGGCCAAACACGGGAAUAGUGGCUCCCCGCUCCUCCUGUGAUGUUAUAGUAACGAUGCAAGCCCAAAAGGAGGCUCCGGUUGACAUGCAAUGCAAGGACAAAUUUCUUCUUCAGAGUGCAGUCGUGAGCCCUGGAUUGAUGAUGAAGGAUAUUACUGCUGAGAUGUUCAACAAAGAGUCUGGAAACCAAGUUGAUGAAUGCAAGUUGAAAGUUGUGUAUGUACCGCCUGCCCAACCACCGUCGCCUGUCCGGGAAGGGUCGGAAGAGGGUUCCUCCCCAAGGGCCUCUGUAUCGGACAAUGGACAUGUGAAUCAGACCUCUGAUUUCAAUGCUGUUUCGAAAGGACUUGUUGAGACUCAGGAGAAUACAUCUGAGGUUAAGUCCCUGAUUUCCAGGCUUACUGAGGAGAAGCAUUCUGUUAUUCAGCAAAAUCACAGGCUUCAGAAUGAAUUGGAGCUUUUGAGGCGUCAAAGGAGCAGAAGCCAAGGUGGCAUCCCGUUCAUGUACGUUAUCCUUGUUGGCUUGAUAGGCAUCCUAUUUGGGUAUCUCUUGAAAAGAACAUGA